CUCGGGGUGAGAGCCGUGGGGAGCAGCCGGGAGAGGCGGGCUUGGGCUCGGGGAGCAGUAAAGGGAGUCCAUGGGAACGACCCCGCCGCCUGGAGCCCGUGCGCGCACCCGGCGCGGCCGUCCGCCCCGGAAAGGCCAACGGGGGCGAAUCCCCAGCUCCGCGCGCGCUCGGGGCGCCGGGGGUGCUGAGGCCUCCUGAGGGGAAGGUGCUUGGUACCAGCGGAGCUGCGGGAGCUUCUGCCCGUCCCAGGUGUAGCUUGACCGGGAAAAAGUCGACGCCGAAGGCAGGAGAGCUUCAGAGAAGAGGCUGAAUUGCCCAGAAAGAAGCAGGUCCUGAUUUGCUUAGCCAAAAGCACUUCUUGAACUGCCUGCCUAGAAUGAAGCAAACUUCGUGAUGUCACCACCUCCAGAAGCCACUACAAACUGUCUGACAGUGGAGGGUUUGGACCAGCUUUGAGAAGGGCGAGCUGAACUAUCACAGGUCUCCACAUUCUCCCAGGAGCCGUAGAAAAUGAAGAAAUCUCAGGCAUCAGUGUCAUUCAAGGACGUGGCUGUGGAGUUCACCCAGGAGGAGUGGCAGCACCUGGGCCCUGCUCAGAGGACCCUGUACAGAGAUGUGAUGCUGGAGAUCUACAGCCACCUCGUCUCAGUGGGGUACUGCUUUACAAAACCAGAAUUGAUCUUCACAUUGGAAAAAGGAGAAGACUCAUGUUUAUUAGAGGAAGGAUUUAUAAACAGGAGCUAUACAGAACACUACCAACAUGAGGAACUCAUAGAGAAGAAUUCAGAAAACCGAGGCGAACACUCGCAGCAAGUUUUAUUCACCAACAAAAGAUUGACUACAGAGCAACAGAACAUCUUGGCAACACCAUGUAAUCUGGGCAUAAACACUUUUCCUUCAAGAAUAAUGCAUUCUAAAUGUGACACUGCAGGACUUACUUAUCUUGAUCUAAGCUUAUUGGCCUCGCAGUGUCAGUAUUCAAAAGAGAGGGCUGAUGAGUUUAAUGUGUCUGAGAAGGGAAUCCUCAGUAUUAACGAUGGCGGAAGUAAAACUGGAGGGAAAUAUUUUCAUUAUAAUGGAAAUGUGCAAGUCUUCAGUCAUGAGGAGGAAGUUAUUGAGAAUCAGACAGUUCAGAGUUUGGAACAAGCUUUUGAAGAUGCUGAAUGUGGAAAAGCUUUCCUAGAGAAAGCUGCCUGUGUUGCAUCUAAGAAUGCCGACACAAAAGUGGAAUUUUAUACAUGUAAUGAAUAUUGGGAAAACCUGUGUGAAAAAUCUAUUGUUAUUGUCUCUCAGAACAUUCCUAAAGAACGUAAGAGUCAUGAUGAACUUAAUGAAUAUAAAUGUAAUGAAAAGGGUAUAAAUUUCAGUAGGAUCUUUCAACUUCAAAAAAUUGAUACAGGAGGGAAAACUUUCAGCCAAAAUUCACACUUUAGAGAACAUCGCAGAAUUCUUAUAGAGGCGAAGCCAUUUGAAUAUGGAAAAAAGUUCUGCCAUGAUUCAGCCCUUCCAGUGCAUCAGAGAACUCACACAACAGGGAAAGCCUCUGAUAAUAACACAUGUGGAGAGACAUUCAGCUACCAGACAGCUCUUAGUGUUUAUCAGAGGACUCACAUAAGGGAAAACCCCUAUGAGUGCAAGGAAUUUGGAAAAUCUUGUUCUGUGAAUUUAUGCACAAUUAGGCCUCAGGUAAAUUCCCAAGGAGAGAAACCCCAUGAAUGUGAUGAAUGUGAAAAAACCUUCAGUGAGAAAUCACAGCUAAGGAAACACGUGAGAACUCACACAGGAGAGAAACACUACAAAUGUGAUGGAUGUGAGAAAGCUUUUAGUGCAAAGUUCCAUCGUAGAACACGUCAGAGAAUUCACACAGGGGAGAGACUCUUUGAAUGCAAUGAAUGUGGGAAAUCUUUCAAGUAUAAGUCAACCCUCAUAGUACACCAAAGAACUCACACAGGGGAGAAACCCUUUGAAUGUAAUGAAUGUGGGAAAUCUUUCAAGUAUAAGUCAACCCUCAUAGUGCAUCAAAGAACUCACACAGGGGAGAAACCCUUUGAAUGUAAUGAAUGUGAGAAAUCUUUCAGUAAUAUAGCCAAUCUAAGGGAUCAUCAGCGAACUCACACUGGGGAAAGACCAUAUAAGUGUAAUGAAUGUGGGAAAGCUUUCAGACGGAAGUCAUGCCUAAGAAACCAUCAUAGAACUCACACAGGGGAGAAACCCUUUGCUUGUAAUGAAUGUGAGAAAUCUUUCAGUCAUAUUUCAAAUCUAAGGAAUCAUCAGCGAACUCACAAAGAGGAAAGACCACAUAAAUGUGAUGAAUGUGGAAAACGUUUCAGACUGAAGGCGUGCCUAAAAAAACAUCAUAGAGUUCACACAAGGGAGAAACCCUAUGAAUGUACUGAAUGUGCAAAAACAUUCAGUGAGAAAUCAGUUCUAAGAACACAUCAGAGAAUUCACACAGGAGAGAAACCCUAUAAAUGUGAUGAAUGUGGGAAAUCUUUUAGGCAGAAAUCACAACUCACAGGACAUCAGAGAACUCACCCCAGUGAGAAACCCAGUGAAUGUAAUGAACGUGGAAAACUUUCCAGUGAGAAUUCAUUUCUAGGAAUACAUCAGAGAAUUCACACAGGGGAGGGACUCUUUGAAUGCAAUGAAUGUGGGAAAUCUUUCAAAUAUAAGUCAUCCCUCAUAGUGCAUCAGAGAACUCACACAGGGGAGAAACCCUUUGAAUGUAAUGAAUGUGAGAAAUCUUUCAGUCAUGUAUCAGACUUAAGGAAUCAUCAGCGAACUCACACAGGGGAAAGACCAUAUAAAUGUGAUUACUGUGGAAAAGCUUUCAGACAGAAGUCAUGCCAAAGAAAACAUCAUAGAACUCACACAAGGGAGAAACCCUAUGAAUGUAAUGAAUGUGGAAAAGCUUUCAGCGAGAUUUCAUUUCUAAGAACACAUCAGAGAACCACAGGAGAGAAACCCUGUAAUUGUAAUCAGUGUGGAGAAUCUUUUAGACAAAAAUCAUAUCUCAGAAUACAUGAGAGAGCUCACACUGGGGAGAAACCCUAUAAAUGUGAUGAAUGUGGGAAAUGUUUUAUGCAGAAAUCACAUCUCACACUACAUCGCACUCACACAGGUGAGAAACCCUAAGAGUGUCAUGAAUGUGGAAAAGCUUUCAGUGAGAGUUCAGUUCUAAGCAAAUAUCAGAGGACACACACAGAAGAGAAACCCUCUAAUUGUAAUCAGUGUGGGGAAUCCUUUACCGAGGCAUUAGGCCUCAGAAUACAUGAGAGAACUCACACUGGAGACCAACCCUAUAAAUUUGAUGAAUGUGGGAAAACUUUCAGCCAGAAAUCAAGUCUUAGAGAACAUCAGAAAGCCCACACGGGAUUAAACAUAUGAAUGCUAAUAAUAUGGGAAAACUCUGAGCUGGAAAUCAUACGCCACGAGACACCAGAGAACAUGCACAGGAAGGAAAUGUUUUGAAUACAUGAACAUUGGAAGUUCCUCUGCAAAACAUCAGCCUUCUUUAAAUACCAGAAACCUUACAUGGGCGAGAACUCCUUGAAAUAUAUUUUCUACAGAAUAUCUUUCAGUGAGUAUAGUCCUCACUGUAUAGCAGAGAGUUCAUCCAAGAAUGAAACCCUGUAAACAAUUAAAAUGGGAAACAUUCAGUUUGAACUCAACCUUCAGGAAAGUCAUACUUUGGAAAAAUUCUGAGAAAAUAAUAGUGUGAACACUUUGUGCCAGGAUUCAUAACUCUUUCAUGAUAAGAAUCAUCCAGUGAGAAAACCUAGAAAGUAAUAAGUGGAUGUUAACCCUAUACCAAAAGCCAGCUUUCUGAGUACAGCAGAAAAUAGCUUGAGUGUGGACCUCUGCGUGUAUCAGAAUAACAAGGAGACUCUGAAGUAAUGGAUAUGGAAAAAUCUUUCAGUAUGUCCAUGCUCAAUUUGACUUACCCAGGGAUGAUAUAGAUGAGUAUUGUCUAUUAGUAACCAUUUCCUCUUUGGCCUUCUGGCACACUAAGUUUCCCAACUUCUCCUUCAUCAAAGUGGGAUCAUGUCACUAAGCUCUAACUAGUGGAAUGCAAGAAUCGGUGACCAGACCCAUUAAACAUAUCUCUCAGAAUUUCAUUGUGUUCUCCAAUCCUUUGUCAGAAUGGAAAGCAGAUUAUGCAAAGGAAAUCAUGAGACUCAUGCACUUAUGAAGGGAAAGUACAAGUUGGAAGGAGCCAGAAUCAGAGAGUGACUAUGGAACAGUUUUCUCCUCCAUGUACACAGGUAGAGUUAGUAUGAUGAGGAAAUAAACUUGUUUCUGAUGAAUUUCUGCAGGUUUAGAUACACUUGAUACUGAUAUGCUCACUGUAGCUUAAUAAAAUUUACAAAUAUAACUUUUGGGAAACAUGUAAAUUCAGUGUAUAUCAGAAAAUUCCACAGGACAAACCCCUGUUGACAUUCUAAAUAUAAUCUUAGAAUUAUCCUUUGCAAAUCAGGUAAAUAUCAGUAGACAUAUCCAAUAUUUCAAUACAUAUCAAAAAUCUUUUACCAAAAAAAUGACAUCUUGAAUAGCUGUUCAUUGAGUUUGGAUGUGUGAAAAGUUUCAGCUAAUUGUCAAAUAUCACAGUUCUGAAGGAAAAAUCUGUAAAUUUGAGAAAUAUAAGUAAGCCUUAUCUAGAGAUUGCUCUCAAAACUCUUGUUUUAUAUGUAAUGUCAAUACUUCAAUGAAAUGUAACCAUAUUGAUCCAUAGAAAUUCAGUAGACUAAGAAACUUCAUAGAUCAAGAAAAAAGUUGCAUUCCCUGAAGAGAAUGGCAUUGAAUGUGAAUAUUCUCUGCCCUUCAACCUGUUAAUAAUCUGUGUGAGUAUGUCUGUGUAUGCCAAUAAAAGGUAUCUCACAUAUGCACUGGAACUGAACCUCAUCAUAAUUACAUUAUAUACCCUUUACUUCAUAACUGUUCUGACAUCAGGUGCAAUUUGACACAUGUAUAUUAAUAACAAACCUUUACAGGAAGUCUCUGAAAGUUCAAGAUGUCAUACCACAUUCUCUGUCUCCUCCCAUCUUCUGGCGUGUGAAGUAACCAUUUCCUCUUUUGCCUCCUUUUGUUUCCUACAUUUCUGUGUUGUUUCAAUGUCACCAGUAUAUUUUAAAUAAGCAUAUAUACAUACGUGCAUGUACACCCACAGAGAUCACAUUCACAGUUUGAAAAAUAACCUGAUUGAAUUUUUGAUAGUGUCUGUAAGUAAUGUUGCUUAGUAAGGAAAAUAUCCCUGUCUGCCACAGUUUUGAUAUGGCUCAGUGAGGUUGCUACAUAAGAUGAAUUAGGCAACCUCUAAUUCUUCAUUAGAUACGCAUUAUAUUUGUGACAUGGGACACGGAUUCCAGGAGUGACCCUGAUCCUGGCAUUGAGAGAUUGAGAAUGCCUUUUUGACCAAAAGGGGGAAAAGAAAGGCAACAAAAUAAGGUUUCAGUGGCUAAGAGAAUUCAGAUCGAGUCAAGAGGCUAUCCUGGAGGCUAUUCCUAUACAAGCUUUACCUAGGUACACCAAAUGAUCACAGUAUGUUAAGCCCAAGUCAACAGUAGUCCUGAAAACCUUAAAGAAUACCCGGAUCCCUAUCUGAAACUUGAUACAAGUUUCGCUUCCUAAGUUUAUUCUUCAAAAACUUAAAUCUUUCAGAGGUCUCCUAUGGCAGCUAAAUCCCAAAACCCAGAGGCAAUAUCCUCUUCAAGAACAUCAACUAGAGGUGUCCCCUUUUCUCAUAAAUUGAUACCCUUUUUAAACAAGUUAGGGUGGUCACUGGCUAUGCA